AUUUCGCCGUGCACCAGGUGCUGCCGUUCCAGGCGGUGUCUGCGGAGCCUUACACCUACGCCAGCGAUCUGUACGUGGCCUUGGCGCAGCCCGGGGCCGGCAGCUGCGCCGUGCUCAAGUGGGAUUACGUGGAGCGCAAACUGCGCGACUUCGAGCGCAUCCCCGCCCCAUCCGCGGUGCAGUGCAAGCCCAUCGUGGCGGAGGAGCAGCUCUUCGUGGUGGUGGCCCGGCUCUUCGGCGGCUCCUCCAUCCACCGCUGGGACACGGCGGCGGGCAAAUUCCUCAAGCUGCAGGACAUCGACCCGCAGAAGACGCGCAAACCCAACGACGUCGAGUCCUUCCAGAUCGACGGCGACCGCUUCUUCGUCAUCGCCGACAGCUCCAAAGCCGGCUCCACCAGCCUCUACCGCCUGGACCAGCACGGCUUCUACUCGCACCAAACCCUGCACGCCUGGCACCGCGACACCGACGUCGAGUUCGUGGAGCACGACGGCAAAGCUCGCCUCAUCGUGGCCAGCAGCUCCCAAGCCCCCGUCCUCUACCAGUGGCAGCGGGCUCAGAAACGCUUCGUCCCGCAGGGGGAGGUGGGCGAGACGGCCGACGUGCAGAUGGUGAAGCAUUUCAAAGCCGGGCGCGAGCAUUUCCUCUGCUUGAGCCGUUACAUCGGCGACUCCAAAGUGGUGCGCUGGGAAGGGCAGCGCUUCGUGGAGCUGCAGGCGUUGCCGUCUCGGGGCUCCAUGGUGAUGCAGCCUUUCGCCGUGGGUCGCCGGCUCUACAUGGCGUUGGGCAGCGAUUUCUCCUUCAGCCACGUGUACCUGUGGGACGAGGAGAAGCAGAGGUUCGCCGAGUUCCAGGAGCUGGCGGUGCAAGCGCCGCGGGCUUUCCGCUACGUGCCCGCCGCCGACGUGCAGCUGCUGCUGGCGCCCAGCUUCAAGGCCAGCACCGUGGUGUACCGCCACGUGGUGGUGGAUCUCAGCCUCUAGCUGCGGCCCCC